AUGGCAAUGGUCUGUCUGCAUGACAUUCCAUUGUUCCUUGUGAAUAUGUGGACCACAGGGGAAAAGCAAUUUUAUGCCCUUGCUCUCUUAUCAGCACUCCUGCAGCAUAUUCCAUCAUCUUGGAAAGUUGGUGUUCUAUACAAUAUUGGAUGC